AUGGCGGAGUCUGCUCAACGCACUGACCCCCGUGACGCAAGUCCUUUGGUUAGCAGCCAUACGUCCGUCACCGAUGCAACUGACCGUAGCACUAGUGAGCUCCGUCACUUGCAGCGUCCGGCACACGGAAACGUCAGUCAGCUGUCCUCGCCAGCGGACUUUGGGGGUCUUGGAACGCGUCAAUUUCUUCGGAAACAGUUGACAACUCCAGGCUCGGCGACAUCUGCUUCGUCGUUCGAGGAUAGCGUUUCCUCGAACGGAUUCUCGGAUGCGGGCACGCUAUCGUCCGGGAGGACCAAGUCGGACCAUGGCACAGCAACGUCGUAUAAGCAAAUGACCAAGAAACUGUCGUCUCCGAGUCGUGCAUCGCUUGCGAGACAUCUGAUGGACACGAAAUUUGAGACGAACACAGUGACUACGACCACUAGCCGUGAUUUGCCUCCUGGAGAGAUACUGAGCAACUUGGUGGUGAAGCGAGUGCCAUUCAGCUACGAUGUCAGUCAAGACGCGUCGAGCUCGAGAGCAUCGGUGUCGCCUCGGACUUUGACCCAACCGACUCAACAGAUCACCGCGUUGCCACGCAAGAUGAUACGUCGUGUCGUCAUCCGCAGAACUGGUGCCGACGGACGAGUUCAUGAAGAAGUGCGGUACGUCGACGCUGACGGACAGGUUGUCCAGCAACACGAACAAGUGCGUUCUGCCGAAGCUGAGACAACGACGAAGGAGUCGGCGGCUCUCUCCGGACAAGCGAUCUUCAGUCGUGAGCUCCCGACGUCAGCGACUACAUUGCGGCGUGUUGUAGUCCGACGGACUGGAGCAGAUGGACAAGUUCACGAAGAAGUCAAAUUCGUGGACAUGCAUGGCAACGUCGUGCGGUCGGAAGGUCGCAGUACUUCGAGCUCUUCGGAAGCUAAUGAGGCGACACAGCAAGAUGAGAUUCCUGUUCACAGCUCGAAACGAGUCGUUGUGCAGAAGAUCGAGACGGAUGGAGAGGUCCAUGAAGAAGUGCAGCUCGAAGAUACUGAUGGCAGUGUCGUUGAAAGCGAUGAAAGCGAUGAAAGUACAUCGACUUACGGUAGCAGAGUCCAGCAGAGCAGACAGACAGCAUCGGACACUUCGAUGCACGAAAACUCUACCGAGGCCUUGGGCUCACGGAUUGUCACGCGUCACGUACAUCGCCGUACGCUGACCCGGAAGGAAGAGACUUCGGUCCCGGCCCAAGAGUACAUGAAUUGGGGUGACGAAAUGGCUGAAGAGGCAGACAAUGCACUGUUCAGUGCCAGGAGCUUCUCCAGUAGUGUUAGCAGUGUUUCGAGCGACAUUUCCACUAGCCGAACGAGUCGACGCAUUGUUACUCGUCGUGUAGUCACCCCGCAGCGUGUCGUUCGUCGCAUGGUCGUUCGAAAUGGCACGACAAGCUCUCGCACUGAAGCCGACAUGGACGAACUGGAUGGGGUCGAUGCAGAAAGUGUUGCAAGUGAGGACGACUUCAGCAACGACGAAUCGCUCGGUCAAUCAAGUCGCGGUAAGUACUCCGUGGCGAGAAGUAUGGAGAUACUGAGCAGAAGUCGAGCAGGGGUCACUCGGUCGCCGCCUUCCGUAAGCCAUGCACGUGAAGCAGCUGAGGACGCUAUGGGCACAUCCUCUACAGCUCCCACUGAGGGCCAGGGAGUCACGACGACAUUCGAUGGCGCAGGGACCAUGCGAACUAUCGCUCCUCUGACCGAAGUUCAUUUGUCGAGCUCAGGACUGUCAUGUGCUGACGUUAGCGCCCUUGAUGUCAAACGAAAAGCAUACAAUGUCAGCGCUGUGGCAACAGGCAGCACGUUGGCUGAUGAUGAUGUGGAGUCCCUUGCUAUCGUCGCUCAUCCGGCAAGUUCGUACCACGAGAUUGACACCAAUGGAGGAGUAAAUGGCGACUUAUCAAUCGAUGAACUAGCGACACUGGCAUGUAGGGACCGUCCGACACCUGAGAAGACAGUCGUGCAGCAAUCUAAUGCUGGUAGAUCCUGGGUCACCUUCGGCAAGGCUGGCGUAAAAGUGACACGGAAAGAUGUGCCAUCACUAACGGGCGAUGGGGACGCAAUAACGUCAAAGGCGCUUGACACUUCUGUGAGCAAGAUCGUUGUUUGCGAAGUGCCCGAAGCUACCAACAUGAAUGAGAGGAGGAUAUUGGGAUCGUUUGGUGCCGUUGCUACUGCUAGCAGCGACUUUCGAAAUCGGGACAGCAGCACGGCGCCACUGAAUUCUUUCCAUAGCGGUGAACGUAAAACUGAUGUUGGGCCAGUCCUGGACACGCCGGCCGAUUAUGCUGCAGCAAGCUACCAGGGCCAUGCGUCAUGGAGUUACUUCGAGCCGGAUGAAGCGGUCACUGGAAAGGAGAGAAUGGUUGCUGCUGAGUACAAGGAAAUACCACUUGCUGGGAAAUCCGCUGCUGGCACGGAAGGUGUAUCACCUGAUACGACGAUUUCGAUGCAUGACGCCUUUGUGACACUUCCAUCGGGAACCUCUGGAAAAACAUCGGAAGAGCAUGCGAAUAGCGGGUAUGAUGUACGUUCUGCACGAGAAAGUAGCAAUGGUGAGGCAUCGGGAUAUCAAGAAGCGACGGAAGCGAUUGAUCGGUCAACACCUUUCCAUGAAAACGUGUUCGUUCAACCAGCUUCAAGUGUCUGUGCUGCUCGAGAGAAAGGUGCAAUGACGCUUGACGAGCUUGGUCACGAGGAACUUGACGCCAAGCCGUCUGCCCGUUAUGCAAAGACGAACGAUGAUGCACAUUUGGAUAGGGAUAGCCCCGCAACUUCUGCAUCAACAAUGAGCGUAGGAGUUGAGUCGGCUUCACAUGUAUCCCAGCAGAAGUUUGGUCGUAGCAGUCGGAAGUCCUGGCGUGAUGGCCGACCAGUGUCGCGUCUCUACGGAGGCGAGCAGGCUAACGGAAACGACAGUGGCCUAUACUGCGACAACGGACCAGCUGCUGUUGUUGCUGGAACUCAUUUGACCGACGAGAUUCGCAGCUCCACGAUACAAAACGAGGUAAACGUCUCUGGAUCUUCUCGAGAAGAGAACAGUGUCAGCAAGCUGAACGAUGGACGAGUGACCGUGGAGAGGAUGCAAAUACCGAUCGAAAUCGAGGAAGCUUUUGAGACGGAGGAGGCAACUGGAAGCGUCGUUUCGCAUACAACGCUUGAGGUAGCCGAAUCCGUGCGAGCCAGUGCUUUCCUAGGUUUCUCAGGAGAAGAAGACAGCCUUUAUCAUUCGCCCACACUGGUGGACGUCAUUGACUCAGACGAUUCAAGGGUCGGUAAUGCUUCCGAAAGUGAGGAGGUGGUAAAGCUGCUGUCGCUUGGCGUGGUAUCUCCUGAUGGCAAGACUCCUACUGCAGCCAUUCAAGUUGAAUCUCUGCGUCAAAGUAUCUCGCCAGACGUCGCGUUGACAAAAGCGUCGAAGCGUGUUGACUCGAGCGCAACAUCCAAUCGAGGUAUUAAGCGCCGUCCGACCGAGCUCGUUGACAACAAUGAGCCGGAGCUCGACUCGGACGAGCAUUUCGUUGCAAUGGCGAGUCCAGUUCAUGGAAAGCUUGUUCACAAUGAGACGGGACUAACCCUUGCGGUCACGCCGUGCUCGCUAGCGUGGGAUAAGCUGUGCCUGAAGCGCGAGAUGUGGAAGAGAAGUGCAGGGGGCAACACGCCGUAUGGAAGUGGUGAACUCAUGCUUGACAACUUAAGUGGCUUGGUGAGGACUCAAGAGUUCUUGGUCAUUACAGGCCCGUCGAAGGCGGAAUGCACUGCGCUGCUGUCGUGUUUAGCCGGGUACGAAGACGACAUGGAAGGUGUGGUGACCUUGAACGGCCAUGCGCGGAGCAAAACAACGGACAGCUAUGUCCCCUGCGUUGCGCGUGAAGACUUAUUUCACGAAACCUUGACUGUACAGGAGCAUUUGCUUGCUCAGACGCACCUUCGAAUGGGUCAUACUUAUACCGAUGAGCUGUGCCUGAAGCGAGUCGAGCAAGUGAUGGAAGACACGGAGCUCUCUUGUUGCCGUGACAAGUUGAUUGGAGGUGGUAUUUUCACGCUUUGUGGGCUCACCCGUGGCGAACGGAAGCUACUUGCCAUCGCAACAGCUUUGCUCACGAAUCCAUCGAUACUUUUCGUUGAAGACCCGACCGAUGGACUCGAUGCGACAAGUGCCGAGAGGGUUGUUGCCAAACUGCGGUGGCUGGCGAUUGAGAAAGGUUUGGCGGUAGUUACGACACUGCAUCACCCAUUCUCACAGUCGUAUGGGCUUUUCGACAAACUUUACCUCGUUGCAGACGCAUCGUGCGUGUAUGAUGACAAGGCUUUGGAUUGUAUUGCCUACUUCUCGACACUCGGGUACGUGUGCCCUGAGUACGUGAACCCCAUGGACCAUUUUAUGCUUCAGAUGGUUGUCGGUGACCGUAAACGAGAUACUGAAGGCAUGGCUCGACUCAGUUAUCUGAAGCACGAAUGGGCUCAACACAGUAGCGUUGUUUACGAUGAACACGCAAUCAGAGGUGCAGCAACAACGAGUCAAGACGCUGUUGUUGAUGGCAGUGGCUGGCCAAGGCACAACUAUCAUCACACGAAAUGCUGCAGCCAGUUGUGGCUCAUGUGGGCUUGCCACGUACGUCGACUCUCGCGUUAUGGAUUUGUCUUUUGGUGGCACUUGUUGGCUGCGCUCUUGAUUGGCGUCGUGUUUGGACUCGUCUACCUCGAUCUCGAACUCUCUGACGAGCACGGCAUCCAGAACGUCGCUGGUAGUUUUUUCUACGCGAUCGUCGUGCAAAUGCUUUUCAGCGCCUACCGCAGCUUUGUGUUUCUACCACGCGAGACUGCGAUUGCGUUGCGAGGGUGUCACGAAAACGGUGGCGGCUUUUCCUUUCUACUGAGUUGGUUGAUCACCAAGAACGCUGCCGAGCUGCCGUCCCUCAUUGUUUCUUCAAUCGCGUUGUUCGCGCCCAUCUAUUUGCUUGUUGGGAUCGGCCAUGGCUUCAAAGUGUAUGUCUUCAUGCAGAUCAUCAUCAUCUUGGCCGGGUGGACUGCUACUGGCUUGGUACUUGUAACUCUAGCUGCUCUUCGCAACGUUGUGCGUGCUGUCAUUGCAUUUGCCACGUUCAUGGUGCUCUUUGCCCAAUGUGGUGGUCUAUUGAUCCACGUUGGCGACAUCCCGAAUUGGCUCGUGUGGCUGCACCACAUCUCGCCGAUCAACUUCGGCUACAGGGCCAUGAUGGCAGUUUUCUGGGCACGGGUGGACACGAUUGAUUGUGACUGGACUCUUGUAAACUGCAUUGCUCUCACCGGCGACGGCGUGCUCGAGUUUUACAGCAUGGAGAGCAGUUCGGGACUCGAAAACGCUCUGUAUCUGGCUGCGAUCGGUGUAGCGCUCUUUUUCUUGGCAUUCUGGUUUCUGUUGGUACUGGCGAAGAAGCGCACGAGCGGCUUCCAGUGGCGAUAUGACUGGACUUUUCGCGGGCAAUUGGGUCAGCUUGUCACUCGUGACGCCAUGGACGACAAGCAAACGGACCCGAGGCGCAGUCUGCGUGGUCCGGUCGAGCAAAAAGACCAUUGCAACUCGCCCAUUGCUGCAGAAGCAGACAAUCACUACAUUCGCGUGGAAACUCCACGAGGUGCUGACCGUGCACUGCGCAGCGUCGCUUAUGUACCUCUCGGCUGGGAGAACGUGCGAGUAGCAGCGCCGAAGAAGUCGAAGAGCGAGACGACGACGCCCGACUUGCUCCGCAACGCCAGCGGAUCUGUACAAAGCGGAGAACUUGUACUUAUCACUGGUCCAUCGCGUGAUUCGAAUGUGGUGCUGCUGGAGUGUCUUGGUGGGCUCCACAAGACAUUGGAAGGCCAUGUGACGCUCAAUGGAAUUGCAGCAACCGCUGACGAGGUUGCACGAUAUGCUGUGUACGUGGCCUCGGAUGAUCGCUUUUACAAAACGUUGACCGUGAAGGAACAUUUACAGUCCCAAGCUCAGCUACUAGCUGGCAAGUCGAGUACUGGCUGUGGCUUAGGCUGUCGAGAUGGUGCUGAUGAGGAGACAAUGGCGUACGUGGACACGGUCCUGGACGAGUUGGCACUGAGCUCCCAGCGUCACGUCCUCAUCCAGAAUCUGUCGAAAGCGGACUGCAAACUGCUCGCGAUUGCAACGGCACUAUUGCGUGCUCCGUCGAUUCUGCUUGUCGAAGAUCCCACGUGUGACUUGGAUGUCUACUCGUCGCAGCGCGUUAUUUCAAAACUGCGUCAACUCGCACGAGGUGGACGCACUGUGCUGGUAACAAUGACACACACGUCGUCAUACGUGUAUGCCCUAUUCGACACGCUGCACCUGCUUGCGGGGGGAGCCGCAAUUUACCAUGGAAAAGCGAGUGAGGCAGUGUCUUACUUUGCUGCUCUUGGGUAUCAAUGUUCGCGGUACCAAUGCCCAGUCGCCUUCUUCGUGCGCUUGGUCUCUGAAUCUGGGAAUGAUGAAGACCGUGAUCAGACUGUACGAUUGCAGGAAUUGUGGUCGACGCAGUACGUGGAGACGCGUCUCGCUGACACUAGUGGCAAACGCACUAUGGACGACAGAAAAGCUGCUUCUGGUAGCCGCGUUGGAUGUUGCAGUCAGCUCUCGCUGUUAUUUCGUCGUCAGAUUCAGAGCCUUGCACCGUACCGAGUACUCUUUGGUUGGCACUCGGUCUGUAUGAUCAUUGCGAGCCUGAUCUGCGGCCUCAUUUUUCUUCAACUAGACUUGGACGACCAACAAGAUAUCCAGAACUGGGCUGGUGCUUACCUCUUCAUGGUGGUGCUGCAAAUGCUCGCUAUGGCGUAUCGCACAUUCGUCUAUCUGCCGUUCGAGAUGUCGAUUAUCGAGCGAGAGCACCGUCAGGGUCGGUAUCGCAUGGUCUGUUGGUACCUGACCAAAGUGGUGGCAGAAGUGCCUGCAACACUAGUGCUGUCGAUUCUGCUCUUCGCACCAGCGUAUCUGCUCAUUGGAGUCGGUCACGGAUUCAGUCUCUACUUCUACAUGCAAAUCGUGAUGUGGCUCGUGAGCUGGACCAGUGUGGGGAUCGCCACUUUACUGCUUGGCCUCCUGAGCCGCGCACGUGUGGCAGUGAUCGUUUACAUGCUCUUACUGCUUCUUUUCGUGGUCUUCGCGGGUCUGCUCCUUAAUGCUGACGAUGUACCCGACUACUUCAUUUGGCUGCGGUAUAUCUCGCCGUUGACGUUCGGGUUUGAAGCGUUGAUGAAGCUAUUCUGGAGUCGCACGGGCACUUUCGGUUGCGGAGGUGACCACGGACGAAAUAGUGCUACGUUUGCUGCCACAGACACGAUUCCUGGUUUGAGAACCGGCUCGGGAACGGAAAUGGACGGCUGCUUUGGCCACUCGGGCGAUGAAGUGCUCUCGCACUACAACUUGGAUACGUCUCGAACUUCUCGAUCCGAUAGCCUCAUUCUACUGGGGCUCGCACUGCUGUAUUUCGUUCUUGGCUACGCUUUGCUGUCGCUCCGCUGGCGUCGAUCCAAAUUGCGACCGCAUCGACAGGCGACGCGAAACGAUGUUGAAAGUCCGCCGGCGUGA